ACAGGGAACCAGUGCAGAGCAGCUAAUACAGGAGUCAUGUGAUUGUUGACAUCCUCUGUGCUCCACCAGCUGGUCUAGGUUACUGUGAGUCAUUAGAUUACUGUCUGAGCUUCACACACACACACACACACACACACACACACACACACACCUGAACCUGAGAGGACACUGCCAGUCUGACUGCAGUUCCAAGACAACACAGUGAACUGAGCAGGAUGGACGGUGUUCCUCUGAAGAUGCCACAGGGCGCCUCACAGGAAGUCCAUGAAGACGUGGAAGUGAUGGUCCCUGAUUAUCUCAGCAGACUGCAGGACACGGAGUAUGAGUUCAGUCUGGAGAACUGGGUGCUGACCGGGCUCCAGAGCGGUUUCACCAGCCACCACCGGCCUCCGCUCUCCUCUUCAUCAGGACUGCAGCCCUCGUGUCCUCCGUACUGGAUGAUGUUCAGCAGCCCGCAGCAGAGCCGCCUGGCCAGCCGCCACUGCUCUGACUUCUGGGAGCCCAAUCCUCGACAGCGCUCCCACAGCCUCAACCCCGCCGUCCUGCGCACUAAGUUGCUCAUCUCUGACUCUGAGGAUGACGCCUCAGAGAGGAAAGCACAGAGAGCCUUCGUCCCAGACCUCCUGAACCCUCCAGCCUGCCUCAGCAGCCUGCCUCACCAGCGCAGGAAGAACCUCCGACAGUACUCCCUGUCUGUGCUGGACACGUCCGAACAGCACGGGCCCAACAGCCCGCCCUCAAACACGACCUCCAUCAGCAGAGCCCCCACCACCAGAGCCAAUACCGUGGACAUGCUCCCCAGCAUGAACAACCACAACACCACACACAUGAAGUCCUCUGGGUUGGACUCGUCAGCAGAGCUCCUGUCAGCUCUGAGUCCAGAGGAGAGAGAGCUGCUGGGGGCCAUCACCGCCCGGGGUUACCCCCUCCGCACCGCAAUCAUCGCCCUGCAGAAGACCGGCCGGCAGACCCCGGAUCAGAUCUUGAGUUACCUGGUGGCCUGUGACCAUCUGUGUCAGCUGGGUUAUGAGGUGGCUCUGGUAGAAGAGGCUCUGGAGAUGUUUCAGAACUGUGAAACAAAGGCCGAGGAGUUCCUCCAUCUGCUGGGUCAGUUCAAUGAGAUGGGCUUCCAGCAGAGCGCCAUCAAAGAAGUUCUGCUGGUCCAUGAAAACCACCGAGAGCGGGCGCUGGAGGAGCUGAUGAUGCGUGUGGCGUGAUGCAGAUCAACACACACACACACACACACACACACACACACACACACACACACACGUUACAUAACCUUUCUGCAAUGUAUUAUUUCAGGUUACUAUGAUCUUUAUUAGGAUUCAUUUAUUACUGCCUUCUAUUAAAUUAUUUUAGCUAAAGAUGGACGUGGCCUUCACCCAGGAAAAGUACAUUGUUGAUUAUUGUAGCUGGAUGAUGAUGAUGAUGAUGAUGAUGAUGAUGAUGAUGAUGGUGAUAAUGAUGAUUAUAGUUGUGAUGCCAAUGUUGUUGACGACAAUGACAGUGGUGAUGGUGAUGAUUGUGGUGUUGAUGAUAAUGAUGAUGAUGGUGGUGAUGAGAAGGACGACAAUGAUAUGAUAUAUUGCACAUUUUCAUCCCUGUGUUUAUUAACAUGUCUGAAAGUGACUGAACUUGUAUUAUCUGUGUAACAGU